CUGCAGUCUUUGGCGGAUAGGACCGAACGACCAGGUUGUCUGAUCUGCUUGCCGACAACAUUAUCCUACCCCUGUCGCUGUCCUUGGCCCCUUGCUGGAGUCUGAGCUGAUUUAACCAAGUGACGACUUGCCUCGACCUGGUGCGGCCUGCACGGCACUACCUGCACCGUGAUCGGCAUCACAUUUCCUUUGCGGCACUAUAAGAAGUUCUCUGUGUGGUAACCGCCGGUACUCGCAAGCCAUCGUUGUCGGGGUGAACAUCAACAGAAACGGGGAGAUCAGCGGAGGGGGGGCCGGAAAGAACAUCAUAACAGGGUAGGGGAAUCGCCGAACCAGUUUGGAGGACGUGAACAGGGCUUUACUACGGUUGGGCCGACAUAGCCCCAGGUUCACGAGCGUGACGAAAAGCACCUUGAACGUCAGGAGACUAAUGCAGGCCGACUUGACAGCUCGGUGAUACUCUGGCAUUCGGGCCUUCGAGGCACAUCGCGUCGAGCCACCCUGGACAGUUGCCCGUUCCCGGGCGUCUUGGGGAAUAUAUAAGUCACCAUGGUUUACCUCCAGCAUGUAAUGUCAGGAACACUAGCAUCCAACACCACCGAGCGCCUCACACAGCCCAUCAUGAAGCUGCUCACCUCCGCCCUCCUGCUCGGCUCGUUUGCCACCCAGGCCAUCUUGGGCUACCCGGGGGCUCAGAUUAUCAAAAGAGAUGUUGACUCUUUCAUUGCUACCGAGACUCCUAUUGCUCUCAGGGAGUUGCUCUGCAACAUUGGACCAAACGGUUGCCAUGCUCAGGGCGUGAGCUCAGGCAUUGUUAUUGCUUCUCCGGACAGACUUGAUCCUCCGUAUUUCUAUACUUGGACUAGAGACGCUGGUCUAGUCUUCAAGGCUAUUGUAGACAUCUUCACGAACAGCUAUGACGCCAACCUCCAGACCAACAUCCAGAACUACAUUGCUUCCCAGGCCCGCCUCCAAGGAGUUUCGAACCCCUCGGGAGGCCUUAGCGAUGGCCGGGGCCUCGGCGAGGCCAAGUACGAGGUAGACUUGAGGCCUUACACUGGUGAUUGGGGGAGACCCCAGAGAGACGGCCCUGCACUUCGGGCGAUUGCCAUCAUCGGUUAUGCCAAGUGGCUGGUGGCCAACGGCUACUCUUCCACGGCCUCGUCGAUCCUGUGGCCUGUCAUCCGCAACGAUCUAAGCUAUGUUGCUCAGUACUGGAACCAAACUGGUUUCGAUCUUUGGGAGGAAGUCCAAGGAAGCUCCUUCUUCACAGUUGCUAGCCAGCACCGCGCACUGGUUGAGGGAAGUGCCUUGGCUCGCUCGCUUGGCCUUUCUUGCAACUCCUGCGAUGUUGUUGCGCCUCAGAUUCUCUGCUUCUUGGGAAGAUUCUGGAACCCAGCCGGCAACUUCAUGGUUGCCAACAUCAACGGAAACGGACGAUCUGGCCGCGACGCCAACGUGAUCCUCGCUUCCAUCCACAACUUCGAUCCUGCCGCGGCCUGUGACGCAGCAACCUUCCAACCUUGCAGUGACAAGGCUUUGGCCAGCCACAAGGUUGUUGUGGACUCGUUCCGCACCAUCUAUGUCAUCAACAACGGCAUCGCGCAAUCUGCCGCUAUCGCCGUGGGAAGAUACCCCGAGGACAGCUACUACGGCGGCAACCCCUGGUAUCUUAACACGCUCGCCGCGGCCGAGCAGCUCUACGACGCCCUCUACGUCUGGAAGCAGCAGGGCUCCAUCACUGUCACACAGACGUCCCUUGCCUUCUUCCGAGACCGUCUUGGCUCCGUUGCUCCCGGGACCUACGCCUCCGGCUCUGCAACAUACACCUCUCUCAUCAGCGCUGUGAGCGCCUACGCCGACGGCUUCAUGAACGUCGUCGCGACGUACGCCCAGACCAACGGCUCGCUUGCCGAGCAGUUCUCGCGCAGUAACGGUCAGCCCCUUUCGGCCGACGACCUCACCUGGUCCUAUGCCGCGUUCCUCACCGCUGCCCAGCGCCGUGCCGAUGUCAUCCCUAAGGGCUGGGUCGGCUCCGCAACCUCUGUUCCGGGCACUUGUCAGGCAACCUCCAUCGCUGGCUCCUACUCCAGCGCUACGGCGACAUCGUUCCCUGCCAACCAGACGCCCCAGACCGGCGUGCCCACCAGCACACGCAACACGGCGGCCCCGACUGCGACCGGCUGCCCCAUUGCGAGUUCUGUGCUUGUCACUUUCAACGCACGUGUCGUCACCCAGUUCGGACAGACUGUUAAGCUUGUUGGUAACAUCCCCUCACUCGGAAACUGGAAUCCGAGCAACGCUGUCUCUUUGAGCGCUUCGGGCUACACCUCGGCCAACCCCGUCUGGUCUGUAACCAUCGAGCUGCCGGCCGGCCAGGCCAUACAGUAUAAGUACAUCAACGUCGCCAGCAGCGGCACAGCUACUUGGGAGAGAGACCCCAACCGCAGCUAUACCGUGCCGUCGUCUUGCGCGAACUCUGCCACCAAGUCUGACUCUUGGCAGGGGUGAAGAUUUUCUGAGAUUGCUGAUCCCAGCGAGCCUCCGAAGCUCCUUGACCUUGUACGGGGUUCCUGGGUACGAUGGACUUGGCGGAAAGGACCGAAGCACGUGUUCAACACUUCUUGCACAUAGGUUUUAAGUAUUUUAGUUGGUGCCAGCCACUACU